AUGAGACUGAAAACAAAGCUGGUGGUUUUCUUUGCUUUUUCAUCUCGCAUACCAGUGGUGGCUAUUACCAUUGUUCGCCUUCAUUUUUUACGGCGCGAGGCCUCUCGCAAUGACCCUCUUUUUUACGGUGCAGAUUCGUCUGUUUGCUUGGAAGUCGCCCUUCACUAUGGGUUGAUUGCUGCCACAAUACCCUGCCUAAAGCCAUUCGUCAAAGCUUUCAACACAGGAUGGUUCGAUACACGAGCGGUAGAUGGCCUUAGCUACCCGGAAGGAUAUGCCCUAUCGAACUUGCACCGCUCAACAAAAUACUCCGCCAAUGCAGGAGUUGGAAACCCAGUCGGCCGGGGUGUCACGAUACACAGUCCCCAAGAUGGACGUGUAGCCCCUCGUGACCGUGACUCCCUGUCUUCGCUUGGCUCAGAUACCAUGAUCAUUCGCCGGACUACUGCCUGGGAUGUGUCAUAUGAAGACCACAAAUGA